GGGUGGGGAGAGGAGGAAGCGGCGGUCCCAAGGCCAACGGAGCAAGGGGAGCGUAUCUAUAAGGACCCGUGGCUCCGAGGAAGGGAAGCGAAGCGACACGGAUCUCUUCCCAACCCCCGGAAGACGAAAGACGAAGGCCGACGGCCGGGAUCGCCAACUGCUGCCAGGCGCCUUUUGGUGACGCGGCCACCGCUCGCAGACGCGCUGACGGACCCCGGCCUCCACGUCGCAGGUUCUGCAAAGGCCUGUGGGAGCGUCCGGAGAGAAGGAGGGCCAAGAUGGCGGAAGCGGCGGAGUCUCCUGGAGACCCGGGGACAGCAACGCCCAGGCCCCUGGUGAGCUUGGGAUCUGCGACCGAAGGGACCGAGGUUUGCAGGCCUUUCAGAUAUAUCUAUCUCACAAGACAUCCCCGUGGAAGGAGAAAUCACCAUUCCUAUGAGAUCUCGCAUUCGUGAAUUUGACAGUUCCACAUUAAAUGAAUCUGUUCAGAAUACCAUUAUGCGUGAUCUAAAAGCUGUUGGGAAAAAAUUCAUGCAUGUUUUGUACCCAAGGAAAAGUAAUACUCUUUUGAGAGAUUGGGAUUUAUGGGGCCCUUUGAUCCUUUGUGUGACACUUGCAUUAAUGCUUCAGAGAGGCUCUGUAGAUAGCGAAAAAGAUGGAGGGCCCCAGUUUGCAGAAGUGUUUGUCAUUGUCUGGUUUGGUGCAGUUACCAUCACCCUCAACUCAAAACUUCUUGGAGGAAACAUAUCUUUUUUUCAGAGCCUCUGUGUGCUGGGUUACUGUAUACUUCCCCUGACUGUGGCAAUGCUGGUUUGCCGACUGGUACUUUUGGCUGAGCAAGGACCAAUAAACUUCAUGGUCCGGCUUUUUGUGGUGAUCCUGAUGUUUGCCUGGUCUAUAGUAGCCUCUACAGCUUUUCUCGCUGAUAGCCAGCCUCCAAACCGCAAAGCCCUUGCUGUUUAUCCUGUUUUCUUGUUUUAUUUUGUCAUCAGUUGGAUGAUUCUCACCUUCACUCCUUAGUAAAUCAGGAAAUGGAAAUUAAAAACCAGGGAAUUCAAAGCUCAUCUGAAAGAUGCAGUUCACCAUGGAGCUUUGCCUCUGGCCCUCUUUUGUCUAAUUUUGAAGGUAUUUGGUAACUGGGUACAUGAGGAGAUUAAAAGGGAGCCAUAAAGCACCAUCACCAUUUAUGUAAGGAACUGACCUUUGAAAGGCUGUCCUUUACCUUUUAAUAUUAUUUCUUUAAAAUACAUGUGCAUAGUACACACAGUCUCAUGCCUCCUGAGGCAUAAUGGGGUCACCGUGGUCCAUUUGGGUGACAACCAGUGACUCAAGAAGCACAUGGAUACAUCCUGCAAGUUGAAUAUAGUUGGUAACUAUAUUUUUAGUUUUGAGAAUACCAGUUCAGGGUGCAGCUCUUAAACACAUUGCCUUAUGACUAUUAGAAUAUGCCUCUCCUUUCAUAAAUAAGAAAGGAUAUCUAUCCAUUUUAUUUCUCUUAAGCUUAAAAAGACAAUGACAGAGGUUGGGAAGGGGGUUCAUAGAUGAGGGAGGAAAAAACAUGAACUAACCAAAAUUCAGAUUUUGAUUAGAGAAAAUUCUGCACUUGUUGCUUAAAAAAAAAAAAAAAAAAAAGCAGAGGACAUCUAAAACCUAAGCUUUUUUAGUCUUUCUGUAUAGUCACCCUUCUGCUGUGCUUCAUUAGCACUUCAUUGACACUCUUAACUUUUAAUCUUAUUUCCUAGUUCUGCAUAUGUAAGCUAUUAGCGGUCAACAUGUAAUUUUCCUUUGACUGAAGCUCUCAGUGGACUGACCAAUGCUUGAACUUAUCCAAGUAGAAGAUCUCAGAAAUUUAGAUUGGUAGGUCCCUAAUGCAUAUUAUUAUGUGGGCACCUUCUCUUAAGGGUAGAAUGAGGUGGUUUGCAUAGAGCAUAGCUCUAAGGAACCCUUUGUUAUUCUGUGUAGUCUGGCCUCUAAGUAGAAAGUAAAGCUAAAUCAGAAGCCUGCAUUUGACCAUGUGAACAUGGAGGGAUUUAGUGUUCCGAUGGCUGAUUCACAGAACGUUUAGAUGCUUAGAGCAAAACAUAAGAUGAGUUGAGCUGCCACCUUUUUUCAUAGUGGGCUUAGCAGUUUUCAUUAGGUAUGGUUUUUUGGGUUGGGAAAUGUCAAUUUAUUUUGUUGGAUUUAGAUUUUAUUUGUAAAGCCACUUAGCUCUCCUUUAGACAAGUACUUUUUUGCACAUAAGCACCAACUUGUAUUCUCAGCUAUUUAUGCACGCAAGUAUGAAGGCUUUUUAGCGGGGUGUCUGGGACAUGCUGAUUCUGAGCUAAUCAUGGCUUCUUUAAGGUAAUAUGAGCUGCUGCCUUCUAUAAAUUGCACAGUGAAGAACUCUUAAUAGACAAAGAUUAGGAGUCAGGCAGAACACAUUUGUUGUAAAUAUGCAGUUACUUAUAAAGAUAGGAAUUUCUUAUUCUGCAUUUUUUCUUUAUCACAGAAUUUAAAUAUUUAUUCAUUUGUAUUUAAAGACAACCUACACAUAGAUAUAUAAUUUUAAAGACAUUUUCUCCAUUCCUUGAUUAACCUAAUGAACAGUACUAGGACAGAUGAGUUCUUGGAAUGAUAUUCAACUACAAAGCGUUACAAAGUUGGUCCCCUCUGUUUCAGCCUUGUUCAGAUAUUUGGGUACUGUGUUUGUAUUUAUUUCAAUGUCCCUUUUAAAUUUCAAAAUGAACCCUUUUAGGAUAAAGCCAGAGUUUCAGUCUUGCACUGAUAAAAUAUUUUGAAAUUGGUUCUAAUUUUGAACUUGGUUGUAAAUUAUCCAUUUCCAUUGUCUGAAAUUUUCUAACUUCCCACUAAAAAUAACUGUCUUCCAAAGUUGUUUCCUAAUCUCUCUCAAUGAUUAUAAUGUAAAAUUAAAGAAAUAAUCAUACUUCUCAAAAGGGAAUUAAAUCUUUACUGAAUUUCACUCAGGCUAAAUAUUUGGUCAGAAAUUCCUAAGGCCACAACUUUGGUGUGCUUUGUGUAUGUGUGGUGGGAGUAGGAGGGUGAUGAGUAAUGUAUAUUGACUGUUAAGGCAACUCGUUCUGUGUUUUAAUCUGUUACUUUUGGGAAUAGUUUUAUUGAUUUAAAUGAAGGUGGGUAAAAUGGAGAUUUAAUUAUCUUUCUGAAAAUGAGUGGUCAGUUUGAUGAUGUAAAUAAAUAUUUUCUUAAUAUAUGCGAAAAAGUGCAUUGCUUUCUGUCACAGAAGACCUGAGUAUCUGGAAGUUGUAACCCUCAACACAACUUUCCCUAAUUUGCUGCAGAGGCACAUGGCUAAUUAUAGAAAGGAAGACUAGAAGGGAAGGGGACUGCAGCAAAGGAAACCUGUUCCAGGAAAUGGAAGGUUUCAUGUUUUAGAUGAGAUACACGUGUUUGAGCAUCAUUGCUUAAUGUGGUGCAUUAUUUCUGUUGUGGCCUAUCACUUGCUGCUCCUACUUCUGAGAUUGAGACUCUAUGUUGUCACAUUCUUUAGCAAUAGGAAAGGUUAACUGGGUUUAAUUGCUAUUCAGAUUAUAAAAACCCAAUUGGUGUGAACAUCUUUGAAUGUGUAGUGUAUUCUUAAAAGUCCAUCAUUAAUUGUCAAGUCUUUUGCCUCUUAAGUGGCUUACUCUGUGAAUUGAAUUUGAUCUUUUCAUUAUGAUAGGGAUUUUUGUUCAGCAAGGUGAGGUGGGUCACAGGACAUGGGGCUAGUAAGCAGUUACUGUUGACUAUAUUUGUCUUUUUAUAAGGUGUCCCCAAAAAUGUGAAUAGAAGCCUCUAUUUGAGGGUUUAAUUAUGUACUUUAUAUAAUCUAGGUAUUAACUGUAUUUAGACUUGCUGUUUAAUUCCUGGAGGUGAAGAUGAAAAUCUGUCAUUUCAAAUUCUUGGGUAACAUCAAGUCAUUGGAAUUUAUCUAAAGCCUAUCUUGAUGUGAUCAGAUGUCCAUUGCAUGCAGUUGUUUUAUUCCUGAGUAAAAUACUGAAAUUGUGCUUCUUAAUUAAACUGUUCAUUUCUGAGACAA